UAAGAUCAUUCGCAAUUCAAACGUUUAAUACGGUAGUCACUGCACAAUGUCGAGUAAAAUAAUUCUCUAUGGAAUAGACAUGAGCCCAUGUGUGCGGGCUGUCCAGCUGACGCUGAAGGCGCUGGAGCUGCCGUACGAGUACAAGGAGGUGAACCUGCAGAAGGGAGAACAUCUAAGCGAGGAGUUCCUGAAGAAGAACCCCCAGCACACGGUGCCAGUGCUGGAUGACGGCGGAACCAUUCUCUGGGACUCGCAUGUCAUAGUCGGCUACCUGGUGGACAAGUAUGGAAAGUCUGACGAGCUCUAUCCAAAGGACCUGGCGAAGAGGGCCGCCAUCAACCAACGUCUGUUCUUCGAUGCCAGUGUCCUGUUUCCCUCGCUGGCCAAUGUGAGCGGACCGUUCUUUGUGAACGGAGUGAAGGAGGUGCCACAGGAGAAGCUGGACACCAUCCACAGAGGCCUAAAGCUGCUGGAAGUCUUCCUGGGCAGCAGCAACUACCUCGUGGGCGACACGCUGACACUCGCCGACCUUUGCUCUGGACCCACAGUGACCUCUCUGCCCGCUGUCGUCGACAUCGAUGCUGCAGAGUAUCCCAAGGUGACUGCCUGGCUGGAGCGCCUCAACAAGGUUGCCUACUUUGAGCAGAUCAACAAGGCGCCAGCAAAGAGCUACUGCGACUUUCUGCGCAGCCAGUGGACAAAGCUGGGGGCCUAAAUAUGAUGAGCAAGCAUAAAUAAAAUCCACCCGAAUCCAUCUGUUUAUUUAAUA